AUUGGUGAUGACGUCUAUAAGUGAGCGGCACCGUUUCAGAUUGGAAUGGGAGCUGGCGAUUUUUCCCCUAUUUUGAUCGUUUAAUCCGUGAAUGGCGCCGAAACAGGACCCGAAACCUAAAUUUCAAGAAGGUGAAAGAGUGCUGUGUUUUCAUGGGCCAUUGCUCUACGAAGCUAAGUGUGUUAAGAUAAACGUCAAGGAGAAACAAAUCAAGUACUUCAUUCAUUACAGCGGGUGGAAUAAAAAUUGGGACGAAUGGGUUCCUGAGAGUAGAGUUCUGAAGUAUGUGGACAGCAAUCUGCAAAAACAGAAAGAGCUUCAGAAGGCCAACCAAGACCAUUAUGUUGAAGGAAGAAUGAGGGGUGCUGCACCGAAUAAGAAGAUACCCGCGACGUCACAAAAAAACGACGUGAAAACCAAGAAGAACAAACAAAAAACUCCUGGUCCAGGAGAAGGUCCGAGUUCAGUCAGUGAUCCCACGCACCCUCCACGAAAGAAGAGGGCUCGCGUUGACCCCACUGUUGAAAGUGAGGAGACCUUUAUAAACAGAGUGGAAGUUAAAGUCAAAAUUCCCGAAGAGCUAAAACCUUGGCUUGUAGAUGACUGGGAUCUGAUUACACGGCAAAAGCAGCUCUUCCAUCUGCCUGCCAAGAAGAACGUUGACACAGUGCUUGAAGAUUAUGCAAACUACAAGAAAUCGAGAGGAACCUCGGACAGCAAGGAGUUUGCGGUGAGCGAGGUCGUCGCCGGCGUGCGGGAAUAUUUCAACGUCAUGCUGGGCACGCAGCUGCUCUACAAAUUUGAGAGGCCACAGUACGCAGACAUCUUGGCCAACCACCCAGAUACGUCCAUGUCGCAGAUCUACGGCGCCCCGCACCUCUUAAGGCUCUUUGUGCGAAUCGGAGCCAUGUUGGCUUAUACUCCCCUGGAUGAGAAGAGCCUGGCACUGCUGCUCACCUACCUGCAAGAUUUCCUCAAGUACCUCGUCAAGAACUCUGCGACACUCUUCAGCGCCAGCGACUACGAGGUGGCCCCGCCGGAGUACCACCGAAAGGCCGUUUGAGCUUUGGGAGUAAGAGCGCGGAUCACCGAUGAGGAUGCGCCCAUCAAGGAAGUCUCGGACCAACUUGUCAAGUUACUUUCAUUUGGAAAGCUGCUAAGUACGCUCUCCUUCUGUAUUGGUAUGUUUUUGGAAUACCACACUUUAGUUUCCAUGACCCGGUUUUGGACAAGGAACUUCAACAUUUCACCUUUUAGUUCUUUAUUUUUGUUCACGUACAGUCAUCAUUUUCUAAUAAAAGUACUUCAUUUCUUCA